CAAAGGGCCGCACCCGAGGACCUGGAAGACCUCGAGGCCGCAGGUUCCCCAGCCCUGGCUUUACUCAUUUGAUGUAGUAACAGCUGAUGUCCAUGGUCCUAAAGCCCAAACUAGCCCUCGGAGGCAAGUGGGACUUACCCAUUUUCUAGCUCGGCCUGCCCAGCUCUCUGCCCUUCCCCAAGAGGAGGGAGCUCUGGACACUGGAAUGGCUCCUGUGCUCCUGACAGCCGUGGCUCACCAGGAGCCAUUGACCUUCCAGGAUGUGUCAGUGGUCUUCACACAGGAGCAGUGGGCUUACCUGGACCCUUCUCAGAAGGAACUGUACCGGGAUGUGAUGCUGGAGACCUACCAGAACCUGCUCUGCCUAGGACUGGCCAUGUCUAAACCCCAGGUAAUCCACCAGCUGGAGCAAGGGGAGGCUCCUUGGACACGAGAGAGGAGAGUCUCAGGGAGCAGCUGUCCAGAUUGGGAGUCUAGGCCUGAAACCAAGAAGUCCAUUCCCAAACUGGGCAUUUCAAUGGAGCACUUGUCCCAGAACAGACUCACAAGAGAUGGUUUCUCUGUCUCCAGCUUGAAAGAAGCCUGGGUACAUGAUGUAAUGUUAGGGCAGCAACAGAGCAUUGAAGAGAAAACUUCUCAGCAAGUAAAAAUUGCCCAAGGGAAAACUCCCAGUGACGUGAGAGGCUGUGAAGGUAGUAAGCAUGGCCAAAGCAUCAGUCUGGAACCAGACCUUUUUGCGCCACCAAGAGUAUUUAUAGGAGAGGAUCUUCUCAGAUGUGAUUCUGGCAGAAAGAACUUCAUUCUGUCUUCAGAACCCAGGAAGUACCAUAGAAUUUGCUCUAAGGAGAUAGAUUCUAUGUAUGAUGAAUGUGAGGAAUCCUUCACUUCUCAAUCAGACUUUAUUGCAUAUCAUAGGGUUUAUCCUAGAGAGAACCCUGAUGAUUCUAAUGAAUAUGGGAAAGCUGUCAGCUUCAGCCCAUAUAUUAAUUCCCAUCAGAAUAUUGAUAUUGGAGAGAAAGUCCCUAAAUAUAAUAAAUUUGAGAAGGCUUCUAUCAAAACUAUACAACUAAUUGAACAUCAGAUAAUUCACACUGGAGAGACACCAGAGUAUAGUGAAUAUGGAGAGCCUUUCAACCCUGGUUCCUCCCUUACUUCCUAUCAGAGGAUUCACACUGAAAAAAGACCUAAUCAUUGUUUGAAGUCCUUCCUUCAAAAUUCACAGCUUCCUCAUCAGCAGCCAGUUUAUAUUGGAGCGAAGCUUUAUGAAUGUAAUCAAUGUGGGAAGGCCUUCCACCGGAAAGGACAGCUAACUCAGCAUCAGAAAAUUCACACUGGAGAGAAACCUUAUGAAUGUAAUGACUGUGGGAAGGCCUUCCGCCUAAGAGAACACCUUACUCGACAUCAGAGGAUUCAUACUGGAGAGAAACCUUAUGAAUGUAAUGAAUGUGGGAAGGCCUUCCACCUGAGAGAGCUCCUUACUCUCCAUCAGAGUAUUCAUACUGGAGAAAAACCUCAUAAAUGUGAUGAAUGUGGAAAAGCCUUCAGCCAGAGAGGACAUCUUAAUCUACACCAGAGAAUUCACACCGGAGAAAAACCUUAUAAAUGUAAUGAUUGUGGGAAGCUCUUUCGUCUGAAAGAACACCUCACUCGACAUCAAAGAAUUCAUACUGGAGAGAAACCUUAUGAAUGCACUGAAUGUGGGAAGUUUUUCAGACGGAGAGGACUUCUUACUCGACAUCAGAUUAUUCAUACUGGAGAGAAACCUUACAAAUGUAAUGAAUGUGGUAAGGCCUUUAGCCUGAGAGAAUCAUUUACUCGACAUCAGACUAUUCACACUGGAGAAAAGCCUUAUGAAUGUAAUGAAUGUGGGAAGGUCUUCAGCCUGAGAGGAUCAUUUACUCGACAUCAGAGUAUUCAUACUGGAGAGAAACCUUAUGAAUGCAGUGAAUGUGGGAAAGCUUUCCACCUGAGUACAGAGCUUACUCGACAUCAGAGAAUUCAUACUGGAGAGAAACCUUAUGAAUGUAAUAAAUGUGGAAAAGCCUUUCACGUGAGCACAGAGCUUACCAGACAUCAGAGGAUUCAUACUGGAGAGAAGCCUUAUGAGUGUAAUGAAUGUGGAAAGGCCUUUCACCUGAGAGAAUACCUUACUCGGCAUCAGAGGAUUCACACUGGAGAGAAACCUUAUGAAUGCAAUGACUGUGGGAAGGCCUUCCGCCUAAGAGAACACCUUACUCGACAUCAGAGGAUUCAUACUGGAGAGAAACCUUAUGAAUGCAAUCAAUGUGGGAAGGCCUUCCACUUAAAAGAACUCCUUACUCUCCAUUGGAGUAUUCAUACUGGAGAAAAACCUCAUAAAUGUAAUGAAUGCGGGAAGGCUUUUAGCCAGAGAGGACACCUUACUGUACAUCAGAGGAUUCAUACUGGAGAGAAACCUUAUGAAUGUAGUCAAUGUGGAAAGGCCUUCCAUGCAAGGGAACUCCUUACUCUCCAUCAGAGUAUUCAUACUGGAGAAACACCUUAUAAAUGUAACGAAUGUGGGAAGUUCUUCAGCCAGAGAGGACAUCUUACUGGACAUCAGAGAAUUCACACUGGAGAGAAACCUUAUGAAUGUAAUGACUGUGGGAAGGUUUUUCGUCUGAAAGAACACCUUACUCAGCAUCAUAGAAUUCAUACUGGAGAGAAGCCUCAUAAAUGUACUGAAUGUGGAAAGGCCUUCAGCCGGAGAGAACACCUUACUCGGCAUCAGACAAUUCAUACUGGAGAGAAACCUUAUGAGUGUAAUGAAUGUGGGAAGGCCUUUAGCCUGAGAGGAUCACUUACUCGACAUCAGAGUAACAAAUGUCAUCCCAUAUUUGGAAAUUAAGCUAAGAUUUUGUAAGACCUGAAUAUGGACAACUACAAAAUUCUGAGAAGUGAAUUUAAAGAGCAAAAUAAUUGGGCAGAAUUCAGUAUUCAUGUUUUUUUCUGACUAAUAUAAUAAAAAUUACUUCUCAAAAAAACUUACAGGGUUUAUAGAAUACUCAUCAAAAUACCAAAAAUUUCUUAGCUGUUCAAACGUUUUGACUCACUUAUCCAAGUACUGGGCAUGUGCCAAGAUCACUAGAAAAAAAAGUCCCACGUUCUUGUUCAGUCAUUUUAGUUGUGUCUGACUUUUCGUGACCCCAAUUGGGGUUUUCUUGGCAGAGAUACUAAAGUGGUUUUGCUGUUUCCUGCUCUAGCUCAUUGUACAUAUGGGGUAACAAACGCAAACAGGGUUAUGUGACUUGCCCAGCAUCACACAGCUAAUAAGUAUUUGAGGCCAGAUUUGAAUUCAGGUGGCAAUCUGAGGCAGGAUUUGAAUUUCUGAUUUCAGGCCCAGCACUCUGUCCCCUGCGUCACCUAUUCCCAAAGGUCCCAUAGCUAACAUUUAUAGCAACUUUGUGUAUGCAAUGGAUAGCAAAAAACUAGAAACAAAUUAUGUGUGAGUCAGUUGUAGAAUGGCUGCACAAAUUUUGGUGUGUACUUGAGCUAGAAUAUUACUGUGCAAUAAGAAAUAAUAAAUAUGAGAAAUUAAGAGAGUCAUGGAAAGAUUAUAUGAGCUGAAACAAAAAAGGAGACCCAGAAGAACAUGAGGCAGGCAGAGUGGUUACAGCAGUUAAGAUUAAACCAUUUCUAAAAUGCUACAGAUUAAUUAUAUCAACCUAUUUUGUUUCCAGAGAAAAGAGGAGGAAGUGGACCUCCAGCUUCUCACUAGAGAGGUGGGGGACUAGGGGUAUAAACUAUUGCAUAUACUGUCAGCUGUGGUUGCUUUGGCUGUUGGGUAUGAUUUAAUUGUUUCCUUGGUUAGAAAAAAGGAUUUUAUGUGGAUGGUAUAUUUGGAAGUUAUUCUGGUGAUUAUGAAAAGCAUAAAUUAAAGUUAUUAAUGGGGGCAAUUUGACAUUAACACCUGUCUGUACGUCUUAGAAUAAGGUAGG